AAUUCGGGGGCGCACGCUCCCCGCGAGGUGUGAGUUGUCUCGUGCUUGGCAGCAGCCUCCUCCCUCAAUGCCUGGCUGAUCACUGCCACGGAGUACAUGGAAUUGCUCUGGCCGCUGCCACCCAGGUCAGACGAGAACUGAGGAAGAAAUGGGCUCAGCAGACGCCCCGUCUGGUCCCCGGGGCGUGAGGGGCGUGGUCAGGAUGUGCUCUCCGCAGGUGGGCGGGGCCAGAGUGAAUAAACUGCGUCUGCAGACUCCCAGCAAUGCAGACGGGAAGGGAGAGGGUUUGUGUGUGGGGCCGGGCGGCGAGCCCUAAGUCCGUCUCCUCACAGGAUGGACCCCACAGCUUGCGCCGAGCUGCUCAAAGAGUCUGGCAACCACGUCCUGAAGAACGGGAACUUCUCUCUGGCCAUCAGAAAGUACGACGAAGCCAUCCAGAUCCUCCUGCAGUUUUACCAGUGGGGAGUCCCCCCCAGGCAGCUGGCUGUGUUGCUGUGCAGCAAAUCGAGUGCGUUUUACAGCCUCGGGAAAUGGAAUGAGGCCUUCAUGGCGGCCAAGGAAUGUCUCCAGUGGGAUCCAAACUACGUGAAGGGAUACUACCAAGCUGGCUAUUCCUUACUGCGGUUGCUCCAACCUUAUGAAGCGGCUCGCAUGUUUUUCGAGGGUCUGCGACUUCUGCAAGGCACUCCAGACCAGAUCCAGGUUGCUGAUUUCCUUGUGGGAGUCUUCACCACUAUGGGCAGUGACCCCAUUGUUUUGCAAAGUUUCUUGCCCUCUUUUGAUCAUAUUUUUACUACUGGAUUCUCAACAGAAGUGUGGCAAUCUGUAAUAGAAAAGUUGGCGAAAAAAGGAUUAUGGCAUUCAUUCCUACUUCUGUCGGCGAGAAAAGACCGGCUACCAAGAAAUAUCCAUGUCCCAGGGUUAACACUGAAGAGUCUCUUUGAGAAAUACGUCUUCAUUGGACUUUAUGAGAAGAUGGAACAGAUGCCCAAAUUAGUUCAGUGGCUCAUCUGCCUUGGUGCAAGUAUUGAGACUAUAGGACCAUACCCUCUUCAUGCCCUCAUGCGACUCUGUAUCCGAGCAAAGGAAAACCAUCUUUUCAGGUGGUUAAUGGACCACAAGCCCGAGUGGAAAGGCCGCAUCAACCAGAAGGACGAGGAUGGCUGCACUGUCCUCCACGUCGUCGCCACGGCCCCCUACACAGGAUACCUUAUCAAGCGGCAAACAGAGGAUGUGCAGAUGCUCCUGAGCUUUGGGGCAGACCCUACCCUGCUGGAUCGACAGUCCCGCUCUGCCAUGGAUGUCCUGAAGAGGAAUAAGAACUUCAAAGCCAUUGAGAAAAUCAACAGUCACUUGGCAAAGCUGGCUGCAUGUUCUAAGGACCUAUCAGGACUGAACAAUGGUGACGGACCUGUUAGUGAGACCGACAUAUUCCGGAAGGCCUCUGAGCAGCUGGUGAAGUACAUGAACUCAGGAAGCCGGCUACUGCCUAAAAACUUUCUGAAGCAAGAAGUCGUUCAGAGGUUCUUGCGCCUUCUUUCUUCUCUGCAAGAAAUUCCUCCUGACCUGGUCUGUGACAUUAACCGUGACUGCGCCAACACCUUCAUCAAGUUUUUACUGGAGAAACAGAAAUGGCCGGAAGUGCUUCUGUUGCUGACCCGCAAAGUAAGCGGGGAGCCACCGCUGGGAGACUGCCUCAUCAAGGGCUGCAACUUCUCAGACCUUGACCUCUGCGCUGUCAUCCCCCGCCUCAGCGCCUGGGACCCUCGGAGGAUGCAGCUCCUGGGCUGCCUCAUCGACAGUGGAGCCUUGCCCGAGGGUCUCCACGACAGCCAGGAGACGCCGCUUGUCAUGUGCCUGAAACAUGAGGACUUCGAGCUGGCGUUUCUUCUCUUGACCAAGGGUGCAGACCCCCGCAGUAUCUCCCUCACGGAAGGGGAUACUCCUUUGCAUGCAGCACUCCACAUCUUUUUAGACAUCAAAGCUGACAUCGGUUUUAACUUCCUCAGCUACCUGUUGGAUCUCUUCUGGUCCAACCCCACUGAAUUUUGCUACCUCAACCCCAACAGCCAGGACAGCAAUGGGAACACGCUGAUGCACAUCAUCUUCCAGAAGGGCAUGCUGAAGCGCAUGAAGAAGCUGAUAGACCUGCUGGUGAAGUUUGACAUCAACUUGAACUUGAAGAACAAAGAAGGCAAAGACGCGAGGCACCGGAUUAAGAAGAACGAUGCUCUGCUCUUGGCCUGGAACAAAGCUGUGAUGGAGAACAAGCGGAGGAACCGGCAGGACUCUGCUGCCCACCCGGGGAAGCUCCCGAGGCCCACUGCCUCUGGUCACAUGUCUCAGCUCAAGUCCCAGGGUUCAUCCAAGUCACUGCCGUGCAGCGUCCCUGCCAGGACCCUGCCCGAAGGAACCAUGGUUCCUGACAGCUGGGAGACUCUCCCGGAUGCCCAGGCGAUGAGGCAGGAGGAGCCUGGAGCUGUCAGGCCCUGCUCUCUGAGAGACCGCCUGGUGCAGGACAUCAUGGGUUUAAUUCAGCAGGUUGAAUUGAAUACGUCCCUCUCUGAGGACUGUCCUCAGGACUCUGAGCCUCUGGAGACAGGCGUUGGUACAGAAGUAAAGAAGGACGAGCUCCAGCGAGCCCUGGGGCCUCAAGGCUCUGACUCCAGUGGGAACAACAACAGCGUCCUUGAGGCAGGGGAUGGAUGUGCUCAGGCAGGCCUCGUGGCCUCACAGCUCAUUCCUGCUGGCCACAGAGGGAGUGAGGGCAGCGAUGAUCCGGACAGCUGGAACACGCAGGACAUCGAGGCCUGCCUCCAGGACUUCGAGAACAUGACGUGGGAGAUCGAGUGCACUUCGGAAAUGCUGAAAAAGCUGUCCAGUAAGGUCAUGACGAAGGUCAUGAAGAAGAAAAUCAUCUUAGCUAUCCAGCAGCUGGGGAAUGGCGAGUGGACGCAGGGCCUGCAGAAGCGGCUGAAGCACCUGAAGGGACGCAUCCAGCUCUUCGAGGCCAAGCUGGACAAGGGGGCCCGAAUGCUGUGGGAGCUGGCCAUUGACUUCUCCCCUCGAUGCAGUGAGAACCCAGAGAAGAUCAUCGCUGCCACAGAGCGGAACCUGCACAGCCCAGAGAAGUCGGGUCGGGUCUACACAGAAAUCAUUCGGAUCUGGGACAUCGUCUUGGACCACUGCAAGCUGUCAGACUCCAUCAGCGCCAUCUGUAGUGCCUACAACCGGGGCCAGUCCUGUGUCCUGCGGAAGAAGCUGAAGGGCAUCCAUCAAGGCCAGAUGUCAGCCAACGUGAAGGUCCAAAAGCGCAUACCCCGCUUCUACGUGGAGGACACGGAGGCCGAGAAGAGCUGGGAGCACGUGAACCCCGAGUAUUUCCCACCGGCCAGCGCGGUGGAGACGGAGUAUAACAUCAUGAAGUUCCACAGCUUUAGCAACAGCAUGGCCUCCAACAUCCUCAACGACACAACAGCGACGGUGGAGUACCCCUUCAGGGUGGGUGAGCUGGAGUAUGCCGUGAUCGACCUCAACCCCAGGCCACUGGAGCCCAUCAUCCUCAUUGGGCGGAGCGGCACUGGGAAGACAACUUGCUGCUUGUAUAGGCUGUGGAAGAAAUUCCACAUUUACUGGGAGAAGGCUGAGAAGGCAGGAAGCCCGCUGCUGACCAAGCAGUUGUGGAUGAAGAGAAGGUUGGAAGUGGAACCCGGAAAGGAAGGUCCCCGGACGGAGGAAGAGGACAAGGAGGAGGAAGAGGACAAGGAGGAAGAGGAAGGUUCCAUGGAAGCAGAAACAACGGACAGCAUAGAUGAGGAGCAGGAUAGCGAAGCCUGUGCAGGGGGAUCCAGUGGGGAGCCGGGGGAGCCAGGCCAGGCGGUGGAAGUGUGCACCACAGAGCAUCCCCACCAGCUGGAGCAUUUACAUCAGAUCUUCGUGACCAAGAACCAUGUCCUGUGCCAGGAGGUGCAGAGGAAUUUCACUGAGCUUUCCAAGUCUACCAAGGCCACCAGUCACUACAAACCACUGGAACCCAAUGUCCACAAACUUCAGGACUUAAGGGACGAGAACUUUCCUCUCUUUGUCACUUCCAAGCAGCUGCUUCUCCUGCUUGAUGCUUCUCUGCCCAAACCAUUUUUUCUGAGAAAUGAAGAUGGCAGCUUGAAAAGAGCCAUCGUGGGAUGGUCCAACCAGGAAGAGUUGACCAUCCCCAAUUGGCAAGAGGAUGAGGAGGAGGCCGAGGCAGAUGGGGACAAUGGCGAGGAGGAUAAAGCUGCAGAAACACGUAUGUGUGACAGUGACCCCCGGGUGUAUGUGACAUUUGAGGUGUUCACCAAUGAAAUAUGGCCCAAAAUGAUCAAAGGGAAAACCUCCUACAACCCCGCACUGAUUUGGAAAGAAAUAAAAUCUUUUCUGAAGGGGUCUUUUGAGGCCCUCAGCUGCCCCCAGGGGAGGCUCACAGAAGAAGCGUAUAAGAAAUUAGGGAGGAAGCGGUCCCCCAAUUUCAAGGAAGACCGGAGCGAGAUCUACAGUCUCUUCUGCCUGUACCAGCAGAUCAGGUCUCAGAAAGGUUAUUUUGACGAAGAAGAUGUUCUGUAUAACCUGUCCCGGAGGCUGUCGAAGCUCAAGGUGCUCCCGUGGUCCAUCCAUGAGCUCUAUGGCGAUGAGAUUCAGGACUUCACCCAAGCCGAGCUGACACUGCUGAUGAAAUGCAUCAAUGACCCCAACGCCAUGUUCCUCACGGGGGACACGGCCCAGAGCAUCAUGAAGGGCGUGGCCUUCCGCUUCAGUGACCUGCGCUCUCUGUUCCACUAUGCCAGUAGAAACACCGUGGACAAGCAGUGUGCAGUCCGGAAGCCCAAGAAGAUCCACCAGCUGUACCAGAAUUACAGGUCCCAUUCGGGGAUCCUCAAUCUGGCAUCUGGGGUGGUGGAUUUACUUCAGUUCUAUUUCCCGGAAUCUUUUGAUCGCCUUCCCAGGGAUUCUGGCCUCUUUGGUGGUCCCAGACCAACUGUCCUGGAGUCUUGUAGUGUGAGCGACUUGGCAAUUUUGCUACGAGGGAACAAAAGGAAAACCCAGCCUAUUGAAUUCGGAGCCCACCAGGUAAUCCUUGUAGCUAAUGAAAUGGCAAAGGAGAAAAUUCCAGAAGAACUGGGGUUAGCCCUUGUGCUAACCGUGUAUGAAGCGAAAGGUUUAGAAUUUGACGAUGUCCUCCUUUACAACUUUUUUACUGACUCUGAGGCUUACAAGGAAUGGAAGAUCAUUUCUUCAUUUACGCCUUCAUCAUCUGACUCCAGAGAGGAAAACCGACCACUGAUUGAAGUGCCCCUGAAGAAACCCAGCUCCUCCCAGCGUCGGUCUCUCAUGGUGAAUCCAGAAAUGUACAAGCUCCUCAAUGGAGAGCUGAAGCAACUAUAUACUGCCAUCACACGGGCCCGGGUUAACCUCUGGAUCUUUGAUGAAAACCCAGAGAAGCGGGAGCCUGCUUUCAAAUAUUUCAUGAGAAGAAAUCUUGUCCAAGUUGUGAAGACAGAUGAAAAUAAAGGGUGCUAUGCAGUGGUGGUGGGGGUAAUUGACCAGGCCAAUUCCCUUUGCCUCGAAGACUGUGGGACUGUGGUGUGGGAUAUACUGACUUUGAUCAGCAGAGUAAAGGGGAGCAUUCAGAGCCUCAUUAAUCUCACUCUAACUCAACCACAUGCAUACCUGGCAGAAGAGAAAAAUCACAGUUUGGGUAAUAAGAGGAAGGUUACUGUCCUGCUGGUUGACAUUUGUGUUGUCUGUCAACGCAGGUACGAAGAAAUGCUAAGGGCCAAGACCCUUCCCAUAUCCAAGCUGUCUUAUUCUGCCAGUCAGUUUUACCUGGAAGCGGCAGCAAAGUACCUGAGUGCAAAUAAGAUCAAGGAGAUGAUGACUGUCCUCUCAAAGCUAGACAUAGAAGACCAGCUGGUGUUCCUGAAGUCUCGCAGACGGCUUGCAGAAGCUGCAGAACUGCUGAACAGGGAAGGUCGGCGAGAAGAGGCUGCCUUGCUGAUGAAGCAACAUGGCUGCCUGUUGGAGGCCGCCAGGCUCACUGCCGACAAGGACUUCCAGGCCUCGUGUCUGCUGGGGGCUGCCCGCCUCAAUGUAGCCAGGGAUUCAGAUGUAGAGCACACCAAGGCCAUUCUGAGAGAAGCCCUUGACCUCUGCUCUCAAACCAAUCAGUUGUCUGGCAUCGCUGAGGCCCAUUUCCUCCAGGGGGUGAUCCUGAGAGACUUUCAAAAGCUCAAGGACGCCUUCUUCAAGUUUAACACACUCAAUCACUCAGCUGGAGUGGUGGAGGCGCUCUACGAAGCCACCAGCCAUUGUGAGGCCGAGCCUGAGAAGGUCCUGGCCCUGGCUCCGGGGGGUCUGGAAGUCCUCCUCCAUCUGGUCAGGGCCCUCAAAAGAGUAACCAACAAUGCAGAGAAGGAGAUGGUCAAGUCUUGCUUUGAGUUUUUUGGAAUUUCUCAGGUGGAUGCCAAGUAUUGCCAGAUAGCUCAGAAUGACCCUGGGCCCAUAUUAAAAAUAAUUUUUGACCUGGAUUUGAACUUGAAAGAGAAGAAAACAAAAGACUAUUUCUUGAUAAUGACUGACCAAGUGAAAUUAGCCCUCAACAAACACCUUUUGAGUAGGCUGUGUCAGAUCACACAGAGCCUGCUUGGGAAGACCUACCCAGGCAUCUGCAUGAGGUUUAUUGUAGGCUUGAAAUGUGAGGAUGAAAACUGUAAAGAUUUCCACAGGCCUUUGCGGCGUUGCGAGGCCAAGUGUUUGGUUCAGUCAAAAAUGCACUUGGUGGCCAUCAGUGGGUUGCUUUUGGAAGCCAAAAAAGUAUUCCCUAAAAUCUUGGCAGAAGAACUUGAAGACAUUGAUUAUAUUUUGCCUACAGAUAGGUAUGGCCUUUGCAAAUCCUUCCUGAAUGUCCUCUUCCCUAAGCAUUUCCAUCAGAGAGUGUUGUCAGAAAACCCCAUGGCAUGCAAAGAAAUCCUCAAAACAAACUACAAAUCCUUUCGAUCCUGCAGGUCUGUUCUGAAAGAGUACAUCCAUUUUUUGUUUCAAAACGAAAGGGCACGAAGCCGCCGGGAGUCUACGGACCUGUGGCUGAGCGCCAUGCAGGCUUUCCUUGUCUCCUCCAACUAUCCGGAGGAGUUUGAAAAGCUGCUCCACCAGGAGGAGGACAACUACAACAGGGAACUCAAAGCUCUAGAGGCUGAGAAAGAGGAAAGGGGCAGGGGGAGAGGCAGCAAGAUGAAGGGGAUAGAAGGAAAAUUCGGCAUGUUGGCGCCCAACAAGGAUGACGACAAUACCGAGAAGACCCACCUUUGCUUCAUCCGGCUGCUGGAGAAUUGCAUUGACCAGUUCUAUGUAUACAGGAACCCAGAAGACUGCAAGAGGCUCUUUUUCCGCUUCAUGAAUGUCCUGGUCAAGAGAUGCAAAGAACCGCUCAUCCCCAGCAUCGGGAACACCGUGGCCCUGUUGGAGUUCCAGUUUGUCCACUGUGCGGUGGUUCUGGCCCGCCUCUGGAAGAAUGCCAUCCUGUGCCUCCCCAAGAGCUACAUCGCGCUCUUGCACUACUGGGAGUUCCUGUUCAGCAAGAAGGACAGGGAGCUCGGAGACGUGUUCUGCAUCAUUCAGGAAUACAAACCCAAGGACGUGACAAGGGCCAUUCAGGAUUUCCGGUUCCACCUCUCCUACCUUGUCAAGGUGCUCUGCGGCUGUGAGAACGUGAACUUCAACGUCCUGCUCGAUGCCUUCGCUGAGAUAGACUACGUGGUGUCUGGUGAGGCAGAGCGGACCCUGGUGCUGUGCCUGGUGAUGCUGGUGAAUGCCGAGGAGCUCUUGCAGCCGUACUGCAAACCUCUUCUGCACCGCCACUUCCAGGAGAUCCAGAUGAGGCUGCAGCUGAUGAGCAUGGACUGCCCGGACCAGGUUCCCGAGAGGCUCCUGAAAGUGGUCAAGCGGGUGUUGACGGCGGUCACCGUGAAGUCUGUGGCUGAGGCGCUGCAGGACCUGCUCUCUGAGCGGGACGAAGAGUACCUGAUGGACUGCCACUGGCGGUGGGACAGCGUGCACACCAAGGGGUCCGUGGUGCGUGGCCUCUAUCACGAGGAGGUGAAACUAAGCCGCCUGCUCUGUGUGGACUCCGUGGACUACUCUGCUGAGCCAGAGUGCGAGUUUGGUCAGGACGAGACAGAGGAGCUGGCCUUGGAAGACCGGGACCACCUCCUGGCUGCUAUCCUUUCCCAGAAGCAGCGGAAGGCUUCCAUCCAGCGGAAGCUGAGAAGGGCCUGCCUGGUGGUGUCCCUGUGCAUCAGCUGGAGGAGAAGGGUGAGUGCGCAGACAGAGUGCUUCCGAGAGGAGACCAGGGAGCCCGGGGCCGGGAACUUCAAGAAGGCCGACGUCGACAGGACCCAGUGCGACCUGUGUGGGGUGAAGUUCACCCGAGGUCCUGACAACUAUUUCAGCCCCGGGAAGGCAUUUGAGGGAGAGGCUUCAGAGGCGGUGGCCAUUUCCAGGGCCGAGCUGGGAGACACAGAGGGUCAGGAGAGGAAUAAUGAGUCUUACGAGCAGCACAUCCUCCUAGAAGGUCAUCAGAGGCAGCAGGUGGCCUAUCAGAAGUACUCGGAAUUUUUCCGUGAGAACGUGGACCCGGCCAUUGAUGAAGGCAAGCUGGUGGUACAGGACAUUGAGCAGAGCAUGUGGAUCCGCAGUCACCUGGGCUCCAAAGAGCACAGCCACAUGCUGCAGAGGAAGGUCCAGGAGAACAUCAAGAAGGUUUUGGAUACGGUGGAGGACCUCUACAGGCGCAAGGCCUGGGCUGGCGCGGAGGAAGUGAUGGUUCGGUUGGUCAACAUUCUCAUCCCGUCAGUCAGGGAUGCGCAGGAGUGGCUGAUGAAGACAGAACUCCACUUAAAGGAGGAAGGUAUCAUUCAGGAAGAUGAUUACGAAAAUGAAGUGGAAGAUUUUGGUGAGCUCCGUCCUCGAAGGCGUCCGCGGAAAUGUGGAAAGCAGAGAAAAUACUAACGUCCACACAGCUCCUGCCUCCUAGGCCUUCAGAACAUUCCAUCCUGACUUAGAAUUCUGAGUGCUGGAGCAGAAGAGAAAAGGAAUGUAAAUUAGCUUAAAAAAGUAGGGGAGUCUAGCAACACCUUUGAUUUUUGUUCUUGUUAUUUUUCUCACCGGUGGCUUUGACCUGAUCACUCUGUCGCCUGGAAGUCUAGCAGUGGUAAUUCUCUCUAGAACUUGUUCAGAUGAGAGGAGUCAUAGCUGAAAUAACCUCGGGAUGCCUCACCCCAAAGCUCUGAGGUUCUCUGGCGCAUCCCCAUUGUGACGUGAGUCAUCAGCAAGGGACAUCCCUCACCUCAGAGUUGGCGCUGCUCCUGGCAGGGAAAUCCCUCCAUGGGUUCCCUCAUCUCCUUUCACGUGGCUGCAGGGUCAGGAACCCCAUGUGCGCCCGGGGUCCCUGUGGGCCCACCGCUGGCCACUUGUGACCCCAGGACAUACCCUCUGGUCAUCUCUGAACCUACUUGUAGCAAGGUCCCUUCUGUUAUGUACAGUAGCUUCUUCUGUCUGCGCACCCUUUCUGCCCUCCUCCUCCCCAUUUUUUUGGGGGAUGAUUUUCAGCUCCCUGUGCAAGUCACGGUUAGACUACCUCAGAAUGUAGUCCAGAACUCCCCCCCCCUCCCCCCCCCCCCCGCGUCCUGUGGGCGGGAGCCUCAGGACUUUUGCCCUAGGAGGCAACCUGGGGGAUGUUGCGGGGGGGUUCCCAGCCUGCCUCUCCAAGAUGGUCCUAACUCUGCCUUCGCUAUGGUGCAGACAUUCCAAAAAGUGUUUGUAUGUGGCCCUAUGUGUCUCGUUUUCUUGUUUGAAGGACGCUAUUAUAGCUUCACGCCCAGGCCCCACUGAGCCAGCGGCCAUCAGUGUGGUCCCAUUCUGGAGGCCUCCAUGCCACUCAUGGCUCCUGCCCACCCUCUCCCCUGCCCCUCAGCCCAGCCUGCUGUGAAAGCUCGGGUUAUGUGGGCCCUUCAUCGCUCUGUCCGCACAGCAAAGCCAGCUUGCUCCCCGUGUUCUGCUGCUUUUGCUGCUUAUUGUUUUCUCCUUAUUGUCUUUCUAAAUGACUCUGUUUCCUUGUUUCUAAUUUUUAUUAGGUUGUGUUUCUAAUUUUUAUUCCAGAUGUUUUUUUUAUAAACUUGCCAGAACACAAGGGAAAAAACCCAAUCAGAUCUUACUGUAUUAUCACAUUUUUAUAAAGUUAAAUCAUUUCUCUUA